AUGUGGGCAGUCUUGUCGGUGCAUGCUGGGCGCAGCGGCACGCUGGGUGCCGCGCCGCGAUUCCACAUGUCUGUGCCCCUGACGCUUGUAGGCCUUGGCGCUUCGAUUCGCGGCGUGUGGGCGCGCGCUGUGGACAGCUGGCUUCGGGAUCCUGAUGCGCUUGCGCUCGCUCCGCUUGGUGGCGCACUUGCGGCGCCGGAGGAUGGCGUAUGGAGCGGCCUGCUGCUUGCGGCGCCGAAAAAGAAGGUAUCGCAUUCGCGCAAGGCGAUGCGUGCAGCGAACAAGGGUCUCAAGGACCGUGUGAAUCUUGUGCACUGUCCUGCGUGCUCGCGCCCAAAACUACAGCAUCAUUUGUGUGAGCACUGCUACGGCGACCUUGCUCGCUCUUUGAAGCAGCGUUCCUAG